GUCAAGCUGUCAUGUCAAAAUAAUAUUUUAGCAAAAGUUGAAGGAAAGCGGCUCGGCUACUAAAUUAAUUAAGAUUCUAAGGAAAGUAAUAAGUUAUUCCAAACAUAUAUAAUGGCCCGUGAAAGCAGUGCUGGUUUUGAUAGACACAUUACAAUCUUCUCACCCGAGGGAAGAUUGUACCAAGUCGAAUAUGCCCUGAAGGCGAUCAACCAGGGCGGGCUGACGUCCGUGGCGCUGCGCGGGGCGGACGCGGCGGUGGUGGCGGCGCAGCGGAAGGUGCCGGACCGCCUGCUCGACCCCGCCUCCGUCACGCACCUGUUCCGCCUCACCAGCCGCAUCGGCUGCGUCAUGACCGGCAUGAUUGCGGACAGUCGGUCUCAAGUACAGAGAGCUCGCUAUGAAGCAGCAAACUGGCAGUACAAGUAUGGCACAGAGAUCCCAGUCCACAUCCUGUGCCGACGUAUUGCUGAUAUCUCACAGGUCUACACACAGAAUGCAGAGAUGAGACCUUUAGGAUGCAGUAUGAUGUUAAUUGCGUAUGAUGAUGAGACCGGACCAUGUGUAUACAAGACUGACCCCUCUGGGUACUACUGCUCCUACAAGGCUGUAGCAGUCGGAGCUAAGACAACGGACGCGAACGCUUACUUGGAGAAGAAACUGAAGAAGCGUGGCCUCGUGGCCGCCGACGAGGCGGUGCAGCUCGCCGUCGCCUGCCUGGCGCACGUGCUCGCUGUCGACUUCAAGCCGCACGAGCUGGAGGUCGGACUCGUCACCAAGGACGACCCCAACUUCAGGGUCCUCUCCGAGAGCGAAAUCGACAGACACUUAACUGCAAUCGCCGAAAAGGAUUAAGGGAGCUGGGAAAUAAUAGUUCUUAUAUCUGUAUAUCUUUUUUAAUAAACGCCUUCACUUACAUUAUGUUAUAUUAUUACUACCCAAAAGUAUUUACAGCUAAGUACACUUGCACAAGGGACAGGUACUGAUCGACUACAAAUAAAGAUUAUUAUUAACGAUCUUCAAUGCUAUUGCGAUAAUGGCUAAAACUAGUCAUCAAAGACUUAUGCGAAGUCUCCGAGCAGCAUUCCCUCUUCGUUGCGUCUCACGCUUUGAACUAAAGCGGCCGGUAAUUCCGGCACAGUGCGCGUGAAGUUGUGCAGUUCGCAGCAGAAAACCAGUCCAUAAAGCGGCACCUCGUAGUGCCUGUUGCGAUGCAACUCGCGAAGCCACGCCGCCCGCCCGCACAUACUGUCGCAGAACACCGCCUCCCUGAUCUCGCUGACGGCCACGAACGGAUCGUUGAGGAGCACCAGCGCCAGGCCGGCGUGGCUGACGGGGUCGACGACCGCGGUCCACACGUACAGCGGCACCGGG